AAUGAAUUAUGCAUUAAAAUAUAAAGCUGUUGAUCUUAGACCUGCUGCAACAGAAAAGCAAAAUAAGGGAAAGUAUCAUAUCCGACACAACAGACUCAAAAGAUUCUCAAAAGUCUACGAUUCGUUCACUGACAGCCUUUUUGAGCAAUGUUCAUCAUACUGCGACACUGCAGAUCACCAAGCUUGUGAAUCAAACAGAAAUCAAGCCAAGAUUCAACCAAUAAUGGCAAGGAAGCAAAGCUUGAACAAAACAUUCAAGAAGAAAAAGAGCUUAAGCAGACAGAAUGAAUUAAAACAAAGCUCAACAAUCACUUUCAAAACCUUUGACAAGAAAGAGAUCAAACGAAGCCUUCGUUCUGUUGGGAGAAUAGGUUUAAAAAGCCUCCAGAGACACCAACCCAAGAAAAACAGUGGUGACAAUGCUAAAAUGGCCAAAGGGAUAAUGAAGAAUUCCGUUAACCACACUCUUUUCAAAUAAAUCUAGUAACAUCAUUGCAAAAUUUACACCAAGUCAAAGUGUUUCGAUUAUGUCAGUUACUCAGAAAGAAGAGGCAAGGAAACUAUCAGAUGUUUCAAACAUUUCGAAUACAAUUCCAUUAGAAAGCAGUUCAGAAAGCUCCCCUUCCAUGUCUGCCUCUCUCAAAAAUAAUUCGGGGAAAUACAAGAAGGAAAUCUGAUUGAAAAGAAAGUAUGGGCCCAGAAAGAUCAGAAAGAAGAUUGACAUCGACCAGAGAUCCAUGAGCAAGUCACAAAGGAUCAAAGAUUUAGUAGAGAAGCCUAUCAUUGAGUUCCCACUUAAAAAGAAGAAGACACAGCCCUAUGAGCAGAUGAGAGAUGAUAUCAUGGUAACAGAGCCGAUUGAGACAAAGGAAACCACAUUUGAAGAUGUAUUUACUCCCAAAGAGGAAAAUAGCUUCUCAAAUAGAGCUACAAUUUUGGAUAUUUGUAACGAAGCUUCAAAUGAUUCUGUCAUUUUCGAUACGCCCAUGGCUUGUGAAAAUACAGGAGAGAAAGUAAGCUCCCUCAUCAAGCCACUGAGGAGAGAAAAUUACAGAGACCAGAUCAUGCCCUCGAAAAUUGAUACACAAAUAAACAGUUUUCGAACUCCUUGCAAAAGGACCAGCAUGGCUAAGAAAUGCGAGUCAGCAAGCUGAAAUAAAAAGUCUCUCGCUCUAGAUACUUUGAGAGAGAAUACCCUCAAAGAUAAGAAAAUAGCAGCUCUUGAGGAUACAAUCAACCAGCUACAGAUGGAGAAUAGUGACUUAAGAGAGCUCUUAAACAGAUUUAUGAUCAUUAAACUAGAGGAUUAA